UUCUGUGUUUAUUCAUUUUCUUCACUAAACACAAACAAAGAAAGAAAUAUGUCAGGAGUUUGGGUGUUCAAGAAUGGAGUGAUUCGCCUGGUCGAGAACCCACCAGGUGAGAAGAAGGUGUUGGUUCACUUACCAACAGGUGAAGCGAUCACAUCAUACACAUCACUGGAGCGAAUUCUGAGUGGGUUAGGAUGGGAGAGGUAUUAUGAAGAUCCAAACAUGUUCCAAUUCCACAAGAAGUCAUCUCCUGAUCUCAUCUCUCUUCCAAAGGAUAUCUCCAAGUUCAAGUCUGUACACAUGUAUGACAUCGUUGUUAAAAACCCCAAUAUCUUCCAUGUCCGUGAUAUGUAAGUUACUACCUAACAACUACUACUA